ACUCCCAGCCCUCCUCUGAGCCGCCGGUGCAGCCCCCUGCUCGUUAGUUUACAAGUGGCAAUUUGACUUGUUCUGCUGCCUGUCUGGAGGCACGGAGGAAAGUGUGGAGACGCCCUGGGGAUUAAGGCAUCGCAGUUUGCAAAGAAAAAAGCCAAACAAAUAAACAAAACCCACCCACCCUAGCAAACAUGAGGCUGCUGGAGAGAAUGAGGAAAGAAUGGUUCAUGAUCGGAAUCGUGGUGGUCAUCGCCGGAGCCAAGUUGGAGCCGUCCGUGGGAGUGCACGGGGGGCCACUGAAGCCAGAAAUAACUGUAUCCUACAUUGCUGUUGCGACAAUAUUUUUUAACAGUGGACUAUCAUUAAAAACAGAGGAGCUGACCAGUGCUUUGGUGCAUUUAAAAUUGCAUCUUUUUAUUCAGAUCUUUACACUUGCAUUCUUCCCAGCAACAAUAUGGCUCUUCCUUCAGCUUUUAUCAAUCACAUCCAUCAAUGAAUGGCUUUUAAAAGGUUUGCAGACAGUAGGUUGCAUGCCUCCCCCUGUGUCUUCUGCAGUGAUUUUAACCAAAGCAGUUGGUGGAAAUGAGGCAGCUGCGAUAUUUAAUUCAGCCUUUGGAAGUUUUUUGGGCAUCGUUAUAACACCUCUGCUAUUGCUGCUUUUUCUUGGCUCAUCCUCUUCUGUGCCUUUUACAUCUAUUUUUUCUCAGCUUUUUAUGACUGUUGUGGUUCCUCUCAUUAUUGGACAGAUUGUCCGAAGAUACAUCAAGGAUUGGCUUGAAAGAAAGAAACCCCCUUUUGGUGCUGUCAGCAGCAGUGUGCUCCUCAUGAUCAUCUACACCACAUUCUGUGACACGUUCUCCAACCCACACUUUGACCUGGAUAAGCUCAGCCUCCUUCUCAUCCUAUUCAUAAUAGUAUCUAUUCAACUGAGUUUUAUGCUCUUAACCUUCAUCUUCUCAACAAGGGAUAACUCGGGGUUUACACCAGCAGACACAGUGGCUAUCAUUUUCUGCUCUACACACAAAUCCCUCACAUUGGGAAUUCCAAUGCUGAAGAUAGUGUUUGCAGGACAUGAGCAUCUCUCGCUAAUCUCCGUGCCCUUGCUCAUCUACCACCCAGCUCAGAUCCUCCUGGGCAGCAUGCUGGUGCCAACGAUAAAGUCUUGGAUGGUAUCAAGGCAGAAGGGAGUGAAGUUGACAAGGCCAACGGUAUAAUGGAGCUGCACUCUCUGUAACCAUGUAUAUAUAUAUAUAUAUACAGGAUUGUACAUACAAACAGCUCUGAAGACUUGUACUUGUGAAUGUUGCUUCAGUGCAUAUUUUUAUUUUUUUAUAGAAAAAUAUGUUAUACCUGUUUAAGUGCCUUAAAAUUUGUUCAACAAGAGCAUUAUUUCCAAAACAUGCUCCAUUGGUUACUGCUAGGGGGUGGUACAGUAUUUCAGAGUUAAUUUCUGUUUUCCUAAUGCAGAAACAGUCCUAAGAGGGACAAAAAGCUACCAUACCUUCCCUGUAUCACCUUUUGUGCAGUACGACUCUUUAAUAGUUACAGUAAUGUUUGAAAUGAGGUCACACCAUCAGGAAAAUGCCCUUCUGAUGACAGUGAACAUUUUCAGAGUUUUCUUCAUGCAUACUUUGAUUCAUGGUGUGAUUCUUUUUUUUUACAACUGGGACAUGCCUCUUCCUUAUCAACUCAGCAGGGGUCAUGGAUUGAAUAGAUGCUAAAAAGCAUAAGAUACCUCUGCAUUCCUUGACAUCAUUUUUUUAGACAUUCCUUCAAAUAGUUUCCACACAGAAAUUCUUCAGUUUCAUCAUAAGAAAUUGUGGUGUUGUGUCUUAAAUUUAUUAUAAGCUGCUUCAAAGGAAGGGCCUGAUGUUUGAGUUAUGAGUGAAGUAAGAAUGUGAAGUUUUGAGGUAAACUAAGGAAUUUGGUUUUCAGGGUUUUUAAUUAUAUCUCAAUGUGUUUUUACUCUUUCUUCUGUAAUUUCUUUCUUACCUGCUUCCUACCACACUUGCACACUUAUAAAAGCCAAACAUGAGGCACACAAAACAUGUUCAUCAGUUUGAGAACAGCAGCAAUUGAUGAUGGAUCAUAUUCACAUUCCACAGUUAAGACCAGAAUUAUUCUUCUGUCACACAGAUGUGCUGAACACUUUCCAAAUUUCCUCUUUCAGUGAGAAUAGCCUGUUACAUCAUUGAAUUAAGCACACUUAAGACAUUUGAGACUUUUUCAUAGAUUUGAGAAAUGUUUGGAACAUUCUUUAAAAAGUUAAAAUCAUAUUGCACUUAUGAAUAAAUGAAAACAUAGGGGUCACAAAUGCAAGCAAAUGUUACAUAGACACACUCUGUCUAGCCAGAUGGGAAGAAAAACUGGCACAAAGAGAUAUAAGACCAUUCGUUAACCAGAAUAUCAAAUAUAAAUCUGUUCCCAGCUGGACAUCAGCUUUCAAAGAGGUAUCCAAUAUUUGCUCUUACUGUGGACCCAAACAGAGAAUAAAGCAGUAUGUUAAAGCAAGGGAACAUUUUUUCUGUGCUUUCCGCACACCAUCCUGUUACUUUGUCUCUGUCCUUUCUUGAUUUGACACACGAUGUCGCGUCCUGGGUAUCACUGAGGCCACACUAUCCUCAGUAGCUUUCCUUGUGGUUGUGUUGUUGUUAUGCUGACAAAAAACCAUUCCUUCAAAACUUCCUAAGUUUAUCAGCAGUGUAAAUUUAUGUUAUUGUUAGAACUAGGUCUCAUGUUUUGUUACUUUGGAUUCAUUUCUAUGUCAUUGAACCACGUAGACUUCACAAGAGUCCUACCUGCAAAAACCUAUUCUAAACAGGCUGUAAUAUACAGUUGUUGCAUAUUACAGUGUCUAAAACGACACUAAUUUUGCUUUUUUUUAUGCUUAUCUAUGGAACACAGAAAGGUUUUCAUUUUGUUUUUACAAGCUUUCUUGAGUUUUAGAGUAAAUGGAAACGUCUGUCUGUCCAAGCUGUCGUAAAAAUACUUUUCCCUUUUUAUUUGAAUACUGAUUUUCUUUUCAACUUAUCUACCUCUCUUGUCUAACACCUAUAGUAGGUGUGAUAUGGGAUAAAUUUCAACUGAAAAUGCCAUGAUAACAUUCUAUCUUUUGCUUUAAUGUGUUUUAUUUUCAAGUACUCUUCUUUAUGUGGUGCAUUUUGGUGGCUUAGUGAUAUGUUUAUGGCUUUUUUUAACACAAAUGUAGCACAUUUUUUCAUAAAGAACAAGAAAUAAAAUUUGUUUUUAAUUCAUGUUUAUUGGGAUUUAAUUACUCAGAUCUUAAAAUAUUUUUAUGUUUAUGCACUGUCAAUCUGUUCUAUGCAUUUGUUUUGUCCAAGUGUAUUUAUAAAAGAAAUAAAGUAUGUUUAUUCAUUUUUCCACCUGGAUUUUUUUAAAAGGUUGAUAUGACAUUCGAUUGUUUAAGGGAUGGUAAUGUUGAUCUUUAACACAUUGUAAGUUUUAAAUGUUUUGUUUUUUAAAAUUCUUCCCUAUUCUGUUUAAAAUUAACAUACCUCUGGUGAUGUUCAGUGUUUAUGCUAAAUACCAAAAUUUUUCAAAAGGAUGGUUAAGUGAUGAAGUAGAUUAUUUAUGAUGAAUGGAAAAGAGAAAUAAUUCUAUGAUUAAACUUCGAAAUGUUGAAGAAUCA